AUGGCAAGCAGAACCCAAUUCGAAAAUUCCAAUGAGGUUGGUGUAUUCUCCAAACUAACCAACUCGUAUUGUUUGGUCACCGUAGGUGGGUCGGAGAAUUUUUACUCGGCUUUCGAAGCUGAGUUGGGCGACGCCAUCCCCAUCGUGCACACUACGAUCGCGGGAACCCGUAUCGUGGGCAGAAUGUGUGCUGGUAACCGCAGGGGUCUACUGGUGCCCACUCAGACCACAGACCAAGAAUUGCAUCAUCUCAGAAACAGCUUGCCCGACAGCGUGAAGAUCCAAAGAGUCGAAGAACGUCUGUCCGCGCUCGGCAACGUGAUCUGCUGCAACGACUACGUUGCGUUGGUCCACCCGGACAUCGACCGUGAAACAGAAGAACUGAUUGCAGACGUGCUAGGUGUUGAAGUGUUCCGUCAGACCAUUUCCGGCAACGUGCUGGUGGGCUCCUACUGCGCGCUCAGCAACCAGGGCGGGAUAGUACACCCUCAGACUACCAUCCAAGACCAAGAAGAACUUUCGUCGCUGCUGCAGGUGCCGCUGGUAGCUGGUACCGUGAACCGUGGGUCGGCCGUCGUCGGAGCGGGAAUGGUGGUGAACGACUACCUGGCCGUCGCAGGUCUCGACACCACAGCUCCAGAGCUCAGUGUCAUCGAAAGCAUUUUCCGUCUGCAGGAUGCCCAGCCAGAUUCCAUCUCUGGCAACCUGCGCGACACCUUAAUCGAAACCUACUCUUAA